CAAGGUGCGGUUAGGUCUGCAUGUAUGUACAAUAAUCUAACCUCAAAAGCUGAAUGUAUAAUACAUAUCUAUAUAUAUAUAUAUAUAUAACUUCGCUCAGUCCACUGUCUGUACAUACCGACAUUUGAAAAAAUAACGUCUUAAACUCCUUUGCGCUUUAUAACCUCAUAAAUCUACAUUAAAAAGAAAAUUUGGAAUAAUACUCUUAUUUACUUCGAAGUGGCAAAUACUUUGCAUUUAUAUAUAAGAAAGACGUAUGGCUGCAUUCAGGACGUGAUAUUGACUUUAAUUUUGUGAUAUCUUACUAAAAAUGGCUAAAAUAGUUGAAUCGCUGAAGAGAUUGAGUGUUGAACAUGACACAAGGAAACCUAAUGACAAUAGAACCAAGAGAAAAAGCGAAUUAGUAUCAUCAAUAGAGGAAGCAGUAUCUAUUAAUCAUAAUUACAUCCUUGCUAUCUGUGGAACACAAAGUGAUCCAGAAUUCAGGAUUGGUACUGCUCUAUCCGAUCUCACAUGUGUAAUAUAUUCUGUUGGAGAGAGAAUCAGCCGGACCAUUACUCUAACUUGUAUCAAGUCACCCAUUGUUGAUAUUAGGUUUAGUCCUACUUCCAGAAACAUUUUUUAUUUAGCAACAAACAGUGGACUAAUUACAGCAUGCGAUUUGCGUGCUAAGGGAAAGGUUGUCGCAGAGUUUAAAGAUAGUACAGAAGAUGGAAAAAUGAAACCCCUCUGCAGUUUCGAUAUGAGUUACGACGAGAGGAUUAUAGCAGGCGGUACCGAGCACAUAGGAGGAGACGCCUUUAUAUUAUUUUGGGAUAUAAGACAUGCUAACUCAAAACUAGAUGACAAAAACAGUCUUCUUGGUGGGUACUGGGAAUCUCACAUGGAGGAUGUCACCUCUUUGGCAUUUCAUCCUAAUAAACAGGAUAUCCUAGCUUCUGGUAGUACAGAUGGAUUGAUUAACAUCUUUGAUCUUACACAGCCAUCUGAAGAAUCUGCCCUAACUUAUUCCUUAAACACUGAAUCAUCUGUGGAUAGGAUAGGCUGGUUGAACGACGAUAAUCUCUGGUGUACAACUCAUACACAUUCAUUGCAACUUUGGAAUUGCGAUGGAGUGGCUCCGUAUGCUAAAUUCGAGCGUAGUAAUAUAGCUGUUUCUCAGAAUGAUGAUCCAGAUAAUUGUUAUGUGGUCAGAUGUCAUGCUUCCAGCGUGCUGGAGCAUCCGUUUCUAUUAGCAGGUUCCAAUAACGCGAAAGGGGAAAAUUUAAGGUGUUUGAAUAUCAUAAAUGAUAGAUUAGAAGUGGGUCAUAACAUGAUUGGAAAUAAACAAAUAGUGCGGGAUAGCUGGUUACACGAAAAGAGUGGUUCCUUAAUAACAGUAGGCGAAGGUGCGCUAAUAAAUAUUUGGAGGCAAACAGAAACAACGUCCAUUGAACAAAAUUCAAGCCACAAGUUAGUGGCAAAAAUUGGCACUGGUAAAGGACGUGAACGCCAACAUAGGACUAAGCCAUAUUAAAACGAUAGGAUUAAAAUUUAUAAAUCCAAAAUGAAUUUUUGUAAGUAAAUAUAAUAAACUAUCACGUAACAUUUCCCUCACGUUCUUCUUUAUUACAAUAACAGUUUGUAUGUACAUUUAUAAUAAAUAGAUAUUAUUUUUCUUUUAUGCGAUUAAUGUAGCAUAUGUGUGUGUAUAUAAACGUUAAGGAAUGUAAAUCACAUACUAGUAUAUAUAGAAUUGAAACAGGAAGAAAAAUACUUGUAAAUACUUGUUUAGUUCUGUCAAGUAAUAACGGAUCGUCUUGAGGAAAAAUUAGGAGCAUUAUGACGUGCAUUUGUUGCAAAAUAGACGCAUGAUAUAUUCAAAUAAGUAAAAGAAAUCUGAAAAUUCCCUUCCCCCAAUUCUAGUUACGCUUCUAAUUAGGAUUUCGAAAGACCCUUCAAUUAUAAAGCAAGGACACUGUGUGAAAAUGUGAAAUAAAGGGCAGUAAUAUUUUUGAAAGCAAAUCCACGGAAGAACGUUAGAAAUUUAAUUUUUAAUUUAAAAAGAUGCUAUAGUGUACUUUGGAUUUGUAUUUUCAUGAAUAAAGUCGGAACGCAAUGACGCAGCGACGGAAGGACAGUAAUUAAUUCACUUUGCAUGAAUCUCAUCAAAAAUUUCGGUAAAUUAAAUGCAGAAUCUGAGAUUGCUCGCGGGCACAGACUCGAAUUAGUAGUUUAAUAGUGACAAAACCACACUAGAAUAAUCGCAAGCCCAUAAAAAGCUCACAGGCACCCGAGUGUGUCCCAGGGGCAAUUUUAUUAAAAACCGUUUUAAUAAUGUUUUAAUAACCAAAAAAUCAAUGGAAAGUGAUGUUACGUAUAUACGUGUGUAGGUAUUUCUUAAAUAUAUUUAGCGUUAAAUUCCCGAAAUGAUUUCAUAAACUUGUUUCCUACAAUAAUAACAGUUAAUAUUACAUAUUAUAUAUAACGGGCCUUAAACUUGAAGAGAAUUAAUGUGAACGCGUCUUAAAACAAAUACACGUCCACUUAUAUAGAUAUAUAUAAUUUUACAUUAACAUUUUCCAAAGACGAUCGCAGUAGCGAGUAUCACAAUGAUAACAGUAGAUAUAUAUAAUUUUUAGAGUAAAAUAGUAGGUACAGAGUAAACGUACAAAAAUACUUCCCAUGAGCAUCAGGGGACGUAAAGAUUCAUUAAAACGUGGAAAACCGCGUUGCUAAUCCGUUUUGUUUUUUGUUUUUUUUUUUUUUUUUUUCUUCUUAAAACUUAUGCUGUCACGAGACAUCGAACAUGAUGGAUGUCAUCGGACGCAUUGUAGGCCGACGCACUACUCCUUAUUUGUUAUUCCAAUUUGAUUCGUUACCCUGAAGAUGGUAUGCGACUUCAUUGCACAAGGAGGGUAACAACAGUAGUGCAAUUUAUACUUGAUGUCUCGAGAGUCCAUAAUUAAGCGCGCAGGUUGAAAGAUGGUAGGGGAAUGCAGCGAUGGUGGGGGAAAGCGAUCCGCCAAUCGCUUUCCACUUCCGCUGGAAGUAUCGCCAAUCAGAGCGACAAUGCGCAGAAAAGAACGAAAACUGGUCUUUUCGCAGUUAUGGACUCUCGUGACAUCAAGUAUAGAAUGAUACAGUCAACCUCUCCGUAUCCGCGGUAGGUUUUGAAACGUAAUGCUGUGGAUACUGGGGACCGACUGUAUUUCUUGAAAUGAAGUCGAACACCCAUCCAUAAAGGAUCUUAAUAAAUUUAUGCUCGGCAUUUUGUUAAUUAUGUUUGUUUUUUUUAUCUCUGCUCUCGCGCUUUACGUCUUAUUGGAAAUACUCUUUUUAAGAACUAUUGUCACCACGAUUGAUUGAGACAAGUUAA